AUGAGAACCAUCAACUUCAUCACCUUGUUCCCAAUCUUCGCUACUCUCCUCUCUGUGAAUGCUAGUGUCGUCCCCACACCCCGUCCAGCCAAGAGACAAGGUGACCUAAUAGGCGGACUGAUCGAUUCGGGCAUAGCAGGCGCCACCGACCUAUUCGGCGAUGCCACCUCAGGCCUAGACGGUAUAAUCAACGACGUGACUUCCGCCGCAGGACAAGGAGUGACCGAUGCUACAUCCCUAUUUGGCGUGGUGACCAGUAAAGUUGCAGAGGAAUUCACAGAACAUACAUCUAUAUUUGGCGAAAUUACUUCAAAGCUCGAUUCGGCGGUCGAUCAAAUUCCUGUUACUAAAAUUGAGAGUUGGGCUAGCAGUGUUACGGCUGAGGUUGGAAGUAAGGUUAAUAGUGCGGUUGGUGCUAGUGUAACCGGUUCAACUCAUACACCCACAUCCACACCCUCCCCCUCAGCUGCCGCCUCAAUCUCUCAAGCACCCCUCAAUAACAAUAACAGUGAUAGCGCAGGAUACAUCGCUGGAGUGAACGAUAAACUCAUCGUGCUAGUCUUCGGAGCGGUCAUAGCUGCUGUGGCUUUCUAA